GAACACUUGAUUGCGUGUUCGCGAGAAAAAUGCAUGAUAAGAGUAAUCAGUCGCCAAUGUAUGUGUGUAAACAUGCAUCAUCUGAGAGUAUAUAACACUAAUCACUCGGUUUUGUCUGCCAAUCGUUCUGGUGAAGGAAGCAUGGGACGUUACUGGGCAAUCGGAGCUCUUCUCUUGGGCUGCUUUCUUAUGAGCAAUGCCUGCAACUAUCGCUGUGCCCCUCGGGAGCAUUGUGAGGAAGAGUCGCCUAUAUUUGAUUACCGGUCGAAACAAUGCGUCGCCCCUGAAAUCUGCUGUGCAAUCAUGAGACAGAAUAUUUACGCACCACCAACCAGUUCGUACCUGACAAGGCAAGACCCUCCAGGAUCGUAUGCUCAAACGGUCCAGGGUGGUACUCCAUCAGCCAAGAGAUCAGGCGGGCCAGAAAGACUUCAGCCAAAUGGCCCUCAAGAGCCUGUUUCAGGUCAAAGCGGUGUAAAAUCAAGCUACGGAGGAGCUAGUCCACCAUCUUUUACUCCAGGUGGCGGAUAUCCAACCAAUGAUCUGAAUGGAGCCGGAAACUAUAACACACCUCAAGAGCCUGUUUCAGGUCCAAGCGGUGUAAAAUCAACCUACGGAGGAGCUAGUCCACCAUCUUUUACUCCAGGUGGCGGAUAUCCAACCAAUGAUCUGAAUGGCGCCGGAAACUAUAACACACCUCAAGAGCCUGUUUCAGGUCCAAGCGGUGUAAAAUCAACCUACGGAGGAGCUAGUCCACCAUCUUUUACUCCAGGUGGCGGAUAUCCAACCAAUGAACUGAAUGGAGCCGGAAACUAUAACACACCAAGAAGGGACCCAACCUUACCCGGUGGCAACUCACAACCGUCGACGGCAGGUGCGGGGUCCCAAAAUUAUCCUGAAGGAAUGGAACAGGGUCAACAGUGCGGGAGGAGCAACGAAAAUGGCUUGCAAAUGAUGCAAGGAAUUUCCCAGGAUCACGCCAGGCCUGGACAGUAUCCUUGGGCUGUGGCUCUGGUGAUGCAGAAAAGCUACUUGGCAGGCGGGUCCUUGAUUCGCCCAGGAGUGGUUCUAACAGCAGCUCACCGAGUGGUAGACAAACAACCAGGAGAGCUUCUGGUCAGGGCUGGCGACUGGGACCUGAAGUCCAACGAAGAGGAAUUUAAGGCCGAGCAGCGCGAAGUGGCGAGAAUCAAGAUCCAUGAAGGAUUCAAAUUUUCCUCAGGUGCCAACAACUUGGCGCUUCUCUUCCUGAAAACGGACUUCCAAUUGUCGGACCACAUCAGAACCAUCUGUUUGCCUGACUCAAGAAAAUCAUUCGAGCAACGCCGCUGCAUAGUGGCUGGUUGGGGAAAGAUUGCUUUCCAGGAUGCAAGCUUUUCGAGCAUUCUGAAGAAAUUGGAGUUGCCCGUGCUGGACAGAAGGACAUGUCAACAACAACUGAGGCAAACCAAAAUGGGCCGCAACUAUCAGCUUCCCGAAAGCCUAAUUUGCGCCGGAGGCGAACCUAACCGGGAUGCUUGCUCUGGAGAUGGCGGAUCUGCCCUCUUCUGCUCCGUCGGAGGAAAGAACUCGGGUGUCUUCGAGCAGGCUGGCAUUGUGAACUGGGGCCUAGAGUGUGGGCAGGCGGGCGUACCCGCAACCUAUACAGAUGUGGCGAUGUUCAAGUACUGGAUUGACGAGAACCUGCUGCCCUUCAGGUACAGGAGCCCCAUCCGAUUUUAGGUACUUUGCAGUGUACUCAAUGGUCCAAUAAAUGUUACGGCUUUA